CCUUCUGAAAGCAAAGCACCUCCGCACAGCCAGAAAAAAAAAACACUUGAGAUCCGCCGAGAAGAAGAAGAAGAAGAAGAAGAUGACGACGACUCAAGACGUGGAGAUGAAAGACAACCACACCCCAGCUCAAUCCCUCGUCUCCUCCACCACCUCAACACUUCAUCAUCUGAAGGAGAUUGCAGCUCUGAUCGAUACCGGCUCGUACACCAAAGAAGUCCGCCGCGUCGCUCGCGCCGUCCGUCUCACCGUCGGGCUGAGACAGAAGCUCACGUCUUCCGUCGUCUCUUCGUUCCUUGACUUCGCUUUGGUUCCUGGAUCUGAGGCUCACGCUCGUCUCUCUUCCUUCGUUCCCAAGAGUGAUGAACAUGAGAUGGAGGUUGAUACUGCUUCGUCCACUCCUCCCUUGGCUUCCUCCAAGCACGUGCCUGUAGAGCUUGAGAUUUACUGCUACUUCAUUGUCCUUCUUUUUCUGAUUGACCAGAAGAAGUACACCGAGGCCAAAGCUUGCUCUUCAGCUAGCAUUGCUCGUCUCAAGAGCUUGAACAAGAGAACCAUUGAUGUGAUAGCUUCGAGGUUGUAUUUUUACUACUCUUUGAGUUAUGAGAUGACUGGUGAUCUUGCUGAGAUUCGUGGUACUCUUUUGUCUUUGCACCAUUCUGCAACUCUGCGCCAUGAUGAGUUGGGUCAGGAAACACUUCUGAAUCUGUUGCUUCGCAACUACCUGCACUACAACCUUUAUGACCAAGCUGAGAAGUUGAGAUCAAAAGCACCAAGAUUUGAGGCUCAUUCUAACCAGCAGUUCUGUAGGUACUUGUUUUACCUCGGUAAAAUCCGGACCAUCCAACUCGAGUACACUGAUGCAAAAGAGAGCCUCCUCCAGGCGGCUAGGAAAGCACCUGUUGCUGCUCUAGGCUUCCGAGUCCAAUGCAACAAGUGGGCUAUUCUAGUUCGACUCCUCUUGGGUGAGAUUCCAGAGCGAUCCAUCUUCAUGCAGAAAGGAAUGGACAAGGCUCUUAGGCCAUACUUUGAACUUACCAAUGCUGUGAGGAUUGGUGACUUGGAGCUCUUCAGGAACGUUCAGGAGAAGUUUGCAAAGACAUUCUCUGAGGACAGGACUCACAACCUCAUUGUCAGGCUCCGACACAACGUGAUCAGAACAGGACUGCGCAACAUCAGCAUCUCCUACUCGAGAAUCUCUCUUACAGACGUGGCCCAGAAGCUAAGGCUGAACUCUGCAAACCCUGUCGCAGAUGCAGAAAGCAUAGUGGCUAAAGCCAUAAGAGACGGAGCAAUCGACGCGACCAUCGACCACAACAAGGGUUAUAUGGUGUCAAAGGAAACAGGAGACAUCUACUCCACGAACGAGCCGCAGAACGCGUUCAACUCGAGGAUUGCCUUCUGUUUGAACAUGCACAACGAAGCGGUGAGAGCGUUGAGGUUCCCUCCAAACACGCACAGGGAGAAAGAGAGCGAGGAGAAGAGGAGGGAGAUGAAACAGCAAGAAGAGGAGCUUGCUAAAUACAUGGCUGAAGAAGAUGACGACGAUUUCUAAGAUUUUAAUGCAAUGCCUAGCGUUUCUCUGUCUCUUUUGUUAUUUCGAAAUUUUCUGACAUUUUUCUUCUUGUUAUGGCACUUCAGUUCUUGUACUUUAUGAGAAACAGAACUCAAUGUUUUUACUUGGUUUCAUUUUAAGAGCUCGUUCACCUAAGAA